AUGGUUCCUCAAGUGAAACUGUGGAUGAAACGUUUGGGAGUGAAGACCUCCAAGACCCCCACGUGUCUCCUGCUGGACCAGGACGCUCAGCUCCAGGCGUUUGGAUACGAGGCUCAGGAGAAGUUCUUCAAAAUGAAGACAGGCGCCACAGAUUACUAUUACUUUACAGACUUUAAGAUGAGUCUUUAUAAAAAGAAAAUCACAAAAGAUCUGAUGAUCCACGAUGUGAACAAGCGUCCGAUGAGUGCGCUGACGGUGUUCUCUGCGGCGCUGAGGUUUCUGAAGGACGACGCCCUCAACACCAUCAACACCAUCAACAAGUCCAACAGAACGAGGUUCACUGCCGCAGACUUCAGCUGGGUCCUCACGGUGCCGGCCAUCUGGGACAACGCUGCACGACAGUUCAUGAGAGACGCUGCUGUCGAGACUGGGAUCGUGUCCUCGUCCUCUGAGGACAAACUGUUGAUUGCUCUGGAGCCAGAGGCUGCUUCAGUUUGGUGCAAACAGCUUCCAGCCAAAGGCUUCAUCAGAGACGGACAGGAGCGAGUGCAGCUGCAGGAGGGCGAGCAGUACGUGGUGCUGGACUGUGGAGGAGGAACCAUCGACAUUACAGUUCAUGAAGUCCUUGAAGGGGGAGCCCUUAAAGAGCUGCACAAAGCAUCAGGAAACAACAAAGGAGGACGAAGAGUGAACAAGAGGUUUAACCAGUGUCUGAGAGAGUUCUUCUGUGGCGGUCUGUGGGAAGACUACGAGAGAGAGUUUCCCAAAGAGGCUCAGACGUUUGUGGAGGAUUUCAUUUACCAUGCGGCCCCACAGAGCCGUGUUUAUAAGACCCACAUCGACAGAAGUUUAAGGCAAAAGUUAAAAAGGAUCGAAAAGUCUCAGGAAGAGGGCGACUCUCUGUUCAAACCCAUGGAAGGUGUGGAGCUGGAGGGGGACAAACUGAGCGUCUCAGAGAAGAAGAUGGAGUCUUUCUUCCAUGAGAGUCUGGUCCACAUCACUGACAGUCUGUGCGAGAUCCUGGACUCACAUUCUCAGAUACAGUAUAUUCUGUUAGUGGGAGGUUUCUCUCAGAGCAGGAUCCUCUGUGACCAUGUGCGCCAACAGUUCAGUGACCGGGCCAGAGUGCUGUGCCCUAAGAACCCUCAGGAGGCCAUUCUGAAGGGAGCUGUGGUGUUCGCACGAGACCAGGCGGUCAUCCGCUCUCGCAAGAGCGCAUUCACGUACGGCUACGUCAAGAUGCGCAGGUUUGAUCCAAGAAUACAUAAACCAGAGAAGAAGUUGACCAACGCCGACGGGGACUGGUGUGACGACCUGUUUGGAAAACUAGUGGAAAUAGGUGAAGAUGUGGGAUGGAACCAAAGUGUAGAAUACAUAUUAAAGCCAAUCACAGAAAAUCAAACAGUCAUGGAUUUUGAGUUCUACCGCACUGAGAGGAAGUCUGUGACAUACGUGGAUGAGUGGGGGGUGGAGGGUCCUGUGGCCUGCUGUACUGUGGCCAUGCCAGACACCAGCAAAGGCAUGGAUCGACAGUCCCCACUGACCGAGGCUCUGCUGUUAGGAACCAGACAGCCCCCACUGACCGAGGCUCUGGUGUUAGGAACCAGACAGCCCCCACUGACCGAGGCUCUGGUGUUAGGAACCAGACAGUCCCCACUGACCGAGGCUCUGGUGUUAGGAACCAGACAGCCCCCACUGACCGAGGCUCUGGUGUUAGGAACCAGGCAGCCCCCACUGACCGAGGCUCUGGUGUUAGGAACCAGACAGCCCCCACUGACCGAGGCUCUGGUGUUAGGACCCAGGCAGCCCCCACUGACCAAGGCUCUGGUGUUAGGAACCAGACAGCCCCCACUGACCGAGGCUCUGGUGUUAGGAACCAGACAGCCCCCACUGACCGAGGCUCUGGUUCCCAAAGACCUGUGCUCUGCCAACUGA